CUAAAUAUCUACAGAACCAGAAAAUGACAGCCGUCCCGGGCCCCGCGUUUCCCUCGGGCGUGGCUGCUGAUCAGCCGUAUAGGAAGCUCGUUAGGUCCGUUACUCUCACCUCCUGUUCCUGUCCCCUUGAUAACCAGCCACAGCUGCCUCGUGUUUCCUCCCCGCAAUAAACAUCCUACUUGGCGUUACUUACCGACAGCCUAGCUGCCUUAGGGUCGCUCCGACGUGACAACAGCNUUACUGUAUUUUCCCAAACUUGGGCUAUACAUAAAACAUUGGUAACACUUUGACGGAGCACAAAUGAUGCAGCAUUAUGCUGUUACUUAUGUAUUAAUUAACCACAAACUAAUUCAGUGAUUUCAUACCGAUCCCUUGUUAAAACAUGCGUCACGAUUCCUUAAUGAUGAAUUAUCUCAAGCAGUUACUAUAUUUGUUACUAUAUAUCUGUUACUUCUGUACACAUUUGUGAACGACUGAAGGAACAAGUCAUGAGUAACAGAAGGCUGGGCGGCAUAAAACGGUUACAAUGCGUCCGAGUCCAAGAUCGGAUAAGCCAGUCUGCCUGAAGUCAGUCAUCGUCAGGAACAGACAACACACCGGGGAUUUGGGCUCUCUAGACAGGAGGAGGUUGUGUAAAAUGGCUACAGACUGGACUCCCGCUCUCUGGUCGGAUACCUUCGCUCAGCUGGAAGAGGACGAGCUGGAACACGGCGACAGCUGGGCGUUUCAGUUCAACUACAGCCUGACGGAGACCCUGACUAAGGAGGAGAGGAGAAGAGGCUGGAAGAUCUACUGUCACCGUGCUUACGGAAGGUUCAGGUGCAGCAGCUGUCCCAAUCAAUGGACCUCAGACAGAGCUGUAGUCCUCUUCGCCUACCGCCACGAGAGGUUUAGGAAUCAGGGAAAAGUCAUGAUACGGCUCUUUGGCCAGAGAUGCCUCAAUUGCAGGAUGAAUUAUGAACAGCUGGAGUUGUCCAUGAGGACUGUCCUGCGCGACCUCGUUCUUGAGAUCAGGAGGAAGUGCUAUCAUGAGAGAAAUGCCCCGGCCCCCCAAGGCCAUGGCAGCGACAAUAUUGAGAGGGUGAUGACCGGCCCCCAUAGGGAAGAGCUAUGCGAGGCCUGCGGUUAUAGAAAAAAUAUCAUCCAUUAAUCAAUAUCAUGCAAAUCAUAUAAUAAUCCAAUCAGUAAUUACUAAUAAAACCUAUGUUAUCAUUUAUAUUACAACUGUCAAUUUAAAUGAUCUAUGAUUAUGUAAUGCAUUACGAUUUGUUAAAGAAAAGUAUGGUACGUUGCAUUUGAUCUGUUAAACAGUUAAUAUUAGCUUGCACUUAGAAAACUAGGCUUUCAUGCAUAAGAGGAACUAACGUAUUUUGGUAUGAUAGCUUGUGCUGCAAAAAGGACCAGAUCAUGGUACAGCCCUGACCCAAGAAGUAAGACUGUUGCAAUAUAAGAAAUGCAUGUAUAUUAGGGGUCAAGGAUAUGUGAAAAGAGAGCAAAAGAGCAUAUGGGGAACUGAAAUGAAGAACUCAACUUCUUUGAACUGAUAAUGGGCACAGGAUAAUGAUCAUGAAAAGGUCGACCCUGCCUUGACCAGAUAAUGAGCCCCAUUAUGGAGUUGUAACUGGUGUCCACAUAUUUGACCCCUCCUUGACUGACUGUAAGCUGUCGUAAUUUUUGGCUAAUAAAAGAUGUAAGCACCUGUUUUUCGGGGAACAGAUCACAAGACGCAUGGAAGACUGCUGAGUGCCUGUUCCCCAAAUAUUUGCAAAAGGAAAUAAAGU